GCGAAUAAACAAUUAUAUCGUGUCGGUUAUCGGCGCCGGUCAAAGUGUCAUCCUCCUCCCGGCCGUUCGCCCGACCUGGGAAAGAUGGAAUCGCACGCGAGGAUGAUCGCGGACCUCCGCGACAAGUUCGCCAGCAAGCUGGACGACGAGGGACCACCCGACUCCAGGGCCUUCCACGCGGCCGACAUAGCCAGGGUGAAGAGCGACGACGACUGGCUGAAACGAUUCCUGGAGCAUCAUGAGUUCAACGAGCAGGAGGCGUUCAACAUGCUCUGGGAGACCUGCACUUGGAGAAGAAAGUUCGGGACAAACGAUAUCACCGAAGAUAACGUGAGGAGAGAAUACUUGGAGGAUGGCUCGAUCUUUGGCUUUAGCAAGGACAAAGAUGGCAAGAAGCUUUUUAUAAUCAAGUCAAAGUUGCACGUUAAGGCAGUAAAAGAUUUCUCGGAGCUUCAGAGAUGUAUAGUUUAUUGGUUCGAGAGAUUAGAAAGGGAGGGAAAUGGAAAUCAGAUAUCGAUCUUCUUCGAUAUGGCGGACGCCGGGCUCUCCAACGUGGAUAUGGAGCUUACCAAGUACCUCAUCGGCCUGUUCAAGUCUUAUUACCCCAAUUUUCUGAAUUACAUCAUAAUCUUCGAGAUGCCCUGGGUGCUAAACGCGGCCUUUAAGAUAAUAAAGUCGUGGUUACCCGCGAAAGCCGUUCCGAAGAUCAAGUUCAUCAACAAGUCCACGUUGAAGGAGUACGUGAAUCCGAACGACGCGAUGAAAUGCUGGGGGGGUAACAUCGACUACACCUUCAAAUUCGUCUCGGAGGAGCAGACGAACGGGGAUAGCGUAUUGAAUGGUAAACUGGAUAAUAAAAAGGUGCACUUUGUAGACAAUUCGCCGCUUAUGGAGCAAAGUCCAACGAGUAUCGGGGAUCAGAUUAAUGAGGAACAAUUAUUGUCCAUAGAACCUACCGAAGUAAUAACGUUUAAUAAAGAUGGAAAUGACAUCACCGGGACAAUUACACUUAAGAACGUUACGGACAAGUCUUUGUCUUACAAGAUAAAGACAACGUCGCCGGAGAAAUUUAGAGUACGACCGAGCUCGGGGGUUCUGCAACCGUCCGAACAGAGAAACAUUAUGGUUGUACUGCAACCUGGCUACAACAUACGCGGUCUAUUAUACAACGAUCGAUUUCUAGUCAUGUGCCUGCCAUUGAAAAAUCCGAACGCCACGACGCAGGAGCUGAACGCACUCUGGAAGUCUGAGAAGGCAACUGAGAUGCACAGACUGCGAUGUUGCGACGGUACUAUUGAAAAUAGCGAGACGCAUAAGUCUCAUUCUGUACUCGCUUCCGCGGCGAUAGGAAGCGAUCGUAUCGAUGCGUUUUCUUCUAAGAUAAACCACUUAGAGAAAAAUAAUAACAACAUAUACAGCGAGAUUGUUCUUGUAAAAUAUUUGCUCUUCGUUUCCAUAAUAUUGACAAUUUCAAUAGCGAUAUUCAUGGGCUACUCUUUGCAAGCGGAUAGAAAAAAUCUGAUGGAACAGCAAAAAUCCUGCCGGAUUCCUCACGAAAUUUAAGAACACGCGUUUGUAAUAAUGACAACUUUGAUAUGUUAUUUAGAAAAGUAUGAAAAAAAGAUCUUUAUCCGAAUUAAAUCUACGAUCGUGCAAAGAUAACAAGUAUCUUCUGUCACACAAUAUUUAACGUGUUUAAUGUUUUUUAUACGUUUUUUCCGUUCUUCCAAAAAAAAGAUCUAUAAACAUUAAUUUUCUUUGCGCAUUCAAAUUAAUUUUACAUCUCGUGCAAUUUGUUUUUCUAUAUACGCAUGUAAUUGUCACCUAAUAAGUUACCAUGUGGUGUUUUGUAAUGCAGGGCAAGGAGAAGUACAGUAUACUGUAAGAUUAUAUUAAAACUGCUAUUUUUAUACAUACUUUACGAGAUAACUCGAUUGUAUUAAACUCGAGUGUGGUUUAGCCUGUAUAUGUGCGCCGAUUUUUGUACAUAUCCUUAAUGAGUUUGUCUGUUUUCGGUACUGUUGUAAUUUAAUCAUAUUUUUAAUGUAGCCUGAGUUUUACGAUUAAAUUCUUUUGAAAUAUAUACAU